AUGCCCUCUCCUGUCGACAAUAUCCCGGCGACUCCUCGAGUCAUCUCUCCGUCUCCUACUCCUUCAGGCAGGUCAUCUUCGCGAGAAGGAUAUGCCGGCCCCACAACACGGUCUGCGGCGCGACGGCAGCGUCUAGUGCAAGUCUCGGAGGAAGGCAGUGAUGGUGUGGAUACGGAUUCAGAUCGGCCACCGAGUCGGUCUCGCAGCCCAAAAGCUCCUGCUCGCUCACCGCGGAAGAGGCGCUCGAACCCUAUGAUACCUGCCAACGGCCCAGACACGUUGAUAACCGGUGGCCGCACGCCGCCCUCCAACUAUCUCUCCCCCAGUUCCGCCAAGGGCACUGGCCGCUGGCAUGAUAUCUCCCGGUCACCGUCCCCUCUGGGUCUGAUUCCCCUUCAUACUCGCUACCGUAGAUUUAUUCACCGUCAUGAGAUUCCGCGCAAGCUCCUCCAUGUCUCCAUCGGCUUCGUCGCUCUUCACCUGUACAGCCGCGGCAUCCAGACCCUCCAAAUUACCCCUUGGUUAUUCGGAGCGCUCGUACCCAUCGCCGCGACAGACGUUAUCCGGCAUCGUUCAGAGAGGGUGAACAGAUUCUACACUCGCUGCCUUGGAGCGCUCAUGCGAGAAACAGAGGUGUCGGGCUAUAACGGCGUGAUUUGGUAUCUGUUGGGCGCAUACGUCGUCCUGCGAUUCUUCCCAAAGGACGUCGGGGUGAUGGGCGUACUGCUUCUCAGCUGGUGCGAUACUGCGGCCUCCACUUUCGGCCGCCUCUACGGCCGGCACACCUUCCAGCUGCGCAAAGGCAAGAGCUUUGCUGGUACACUGGCUGCUUGGUUCGUUGGCGUCUUCACCGCCGCUGCCUUCUGGGGCUGGUUCGUUCCUUACGUUGGUCCUUUCCCCAACGACCCCGAAGGAGCGUUCAUGUUCACAGGACGUCUGAAUCUGCUUCCGGACUCCGUCAAGGGCCUGCUCGGAUGGACCGCCGAUACCUCGCGCGGGGUCGUCACCGGCCCGCUGGCGCUGGGUGUCAUGAGCGUUGUUUCCGGCUUUGUCGCUGCCGGGAGCGAGUUCAUCGACAUGUUCAGCUGGGAUGACAAUUUCACUAUCCCGGUCCUGAGCGGAAUUGGCCUGUGGGGAUUCCUCAAAGUAUUUGGUUGA